CGCUGAGUGCGGUUUCGGCGUUUGUUGGAGACGGUUACGCGCUGUAACUUUCGUGCGUGUUGUUCGUGCGCCGCAAAAGUGUUGAGCGUUUUUUUAUGCAAAAAUAAAAUAUAUUGUUGAUAUAUACAUAUAUACAAAUAUACAUAUAUAUAUAUAUAUAUUUAAUUGUGUUUAAAAGCGAGUCCGCGAGUACGGGCGAACGGACGCGUUACACACGCGUGACGCGAAAAAGUACACGCUUGAGAAAAACGUGCAAAUAAUAACGAAGUUUUACAAGUUAUUCAAUAGCUACAGUGUUUUGGGUAUACAUAUAUACAGCCAAACAUAUACUUAUUUCGGUGUUGUUGUUGUGCGCAGGAGUAUGCUACGUCGCAUAGUUGUUUAUCAGCUUGAGCGCACAGCCAAACACAACAAGCAACUUUUCGGUAGCGUCAAAGGCGGCGCGCUUUAUACUAACACACAUAUAACUACAGACAUACAUACUCAAAAUCACGACGCGUUUAUAAACAACGAACGCAACAACAAACACGUUUACACAACGUCGUCACAAUUUGAUUCUAAUUUAAGUUGAAUUAAGUGAAUCGAAGUGAAUAAUUUUGGAAGACUUUGCUUGGUCGCGCGCGCUCAGACAGCUUUAAAAUCACGACGAGACUUCGAAGUAAAUACGCUGCAGACUGCCACGCGCGACGGCAGCGCUUAGGGCGUGUUAUGCUCAAACAUAAAAACAGACUCCAUAAACGCCCAUUUAAACGUCAACUGCAGUGCGAAGGACGCGCUGAGCCUUACCUACGACUCGUUUGUAUUUAUAGUGCCGCCAUAGCAAAAACCGUCUGUGUGCCGUUAUAAAAUAGUGCAACGACCCCGCAUUGCAUGCAAAUGUGUGUGCCGGUCUGUGUAUAAAAGCUUAGAUCCUUCAGCAGAGCAGCGCAGUAGACAACAUAAAACGGAUGCGGAAGUUUUGCUGCUGGUGGAAGCGUUAAAAUAGUUGCAGACGUCGUAAACCGAAACCCGAACCUACCCACGCAUACUGUGCCUUCACACAAACAAAUAUACAAAUAUACUCCUACAAGUCAUAAAAAUACUCAGUUGUGGUGAAAAGCCUUAAAUGCACAAACAUACACACUCACAUAUAUAUGUACACAUGCCAAUGACAAUAAUGCCGAAAUUAAUGUUGAGCGUUGAGUUUUGUAUUGGCUACAUUGUUUUUGCUUGCAUCGGCAAAUGAAAAUCGAUUUUCCACACAACAACAAAAAAGCGCAACAACGCGCCUGCAACCCACAAGUACUGAAAAGUGUGUGCCACAGCAAAAUACUCGAACGGCUUAUUUGAAUAUAAUCAGACUGAAGUGUAACAAAAGCAAUUUCCAAUAAAAUAUAUAUAAAAAAUAUACAAAAAUAUAAUCGAAAAAGGUGAAUGCGCCGCUUGACGCGUUGACCUUUUGUGCGCGCAUUAACGGCUGAGACGGGUAGUGGUCACCCUCUAGCUCAACCCCCCAAGCAGUGUAUAAAUUUAACUCAGCAAUUUAAUUGAGUACUCAACGGCGCGGUAACAGUGCAAAGCAACAACAAAUAGCUAAUAAAUCGUAUUGCACUCAUCAAACGACAAAUGGUAUGGCUAUGGGAGUGUUACGUCUGUAGUCUCUUAGAGUUGAUUAGAUUUUCUUUAAUUAAGUUUAGUUUCAUAAUUGAAAGUGGCAGCCCGUCAGCAGUGAAUACCAAAAUACCAGCAACAACAGCAACAACAACAAUAGAGCGUGCAAACAGCAACAACGACGACGACACCGACGACAGCCAAAUUGACUUUGGCAAGAGCAACGGCAGUCAAGAGUCAUUGCGGCGUCAGCAAGCGCGUCUACCACGACCCACACGUACCUCACCGCCACCCCCCAAACCACCCAAACCCUUGAAGCUGACAAGGUGCCAUAGCAGCGAGCAUCAGUUGCAACAUUUGCUACACAAGCCAGCGAUUUGCAAGCAACACGAAGUCAGCGAAAUAAAUCACGCGCUACUGCAACAACAACAGCAGCAACAACAAAUCAAGCAUCAGCAUCAUCAUCAUCAACAUCUUCAUAAGCAUAGUCAUCAUAGUCAUCACCAGCAUCAACAUCUGCCGCAGCAAACACAAACUCACAGUGAACUUACUCCACAACAGCAGCAGCUGCAACAACAACAACAACAGCAAGUCGUACAAAUUGAUAGCAGUGAUUUAAUGCCUUCGCUGGAUUACGGUGUGCCGCCACCGCUGCCGCCAAAACCGAAAACUUUAUUGCGCAGCAAACCACAACAGCAGCAGCAACAACAAAAACAGCAACAGCUAUUGGAAAAACAACAAUUUUUGCAAACACGACAAUUAUUGCAGCAACAAUUGGAAAAGCAGCUGCAACAACAGCUCAAACAUGUGUUAAAACCACCGCCGCUAACUGCGUUAGAUCAGCAGCAACAACAACAAAUACAACAACAACAAGCAUUACAUUCCAAUGACACAAAAUAUCAACCGGCCAAAUCGCCCAAACCACCAGCAUCCCCACGUACCCCGAAAUCGCCACAACCAUCCCCCGUCCCGCACGAAUCUCCCGGCGUCAAGUCAAAUACUGUGAAAACCCACACAUUACAAUUCCAUCAAUUUCGUCAUCACAAGUCGGCGCCCACAUUUGAUCUCUUCUUCAAAUCGCCAACGAAUUCAUCAUGUACCACGCCACUCUCGAAGUCACGCCGCAAUAGUUCAUAUCAUUCGUACGAUGAUCUCGACGCCACGAGCGCCGAAAAGAAAGUGGUGUCCAGUUUGAAAUAUUUGUGCGCCUGCACAGGCGCCACCUUACGCAAUCUCUCGAAGAAAACAAAAGAUUUGCAUGCGAAAAAUUACUGUUACACGAAGCCCACGUGGCGUCUCUGGGGCGAGGAGCACGAAAAGAAUGCCAUUUUCACAGUCUACCUUAAGAAGGUGCGCUACCAUCGACCAACACCAUCGGCGAAUAAUGAUUCGGACGAUGAAAUUAGUCAUCUCGAGUGGGAAACGGUGCGUGUGCGCUUCGUGAAGGCGGCCACAUUGGCGCGCCUAGUCGAGGCGUUAGCCACAGACGAUGGUGAAUUGGAGUCGACUUUCAUCAAUGUGUUCCUCUCCACUUACCGCACUUUCUCCACACCCAAAGAGGUGCUCCAACUGCUCAUACGACGCUACGACACACUACAUGACAAGCAUCUGCAAGAGAUCGAAGAGCACCAACAACUCGAGGAUGUCAACUACGAUCCGACGGCAUCCAUACAUGAACAACACAAAAAAACACUAGUCUCGGCGUUGCAUGUGUGGUUGGAUGGCUUUCCGGAGGACUGGCAUGAGGACAGCCUGCGACAGAUAUUGACGUUUGCAUCCAAACGCUUGCCGCGCUCCGAGUUGCAUUUGAAGGUGCUGCAUCGACUAGAGCGCAUACUGCGUCAGCAGGUGUAUGGCGAGAGUAGUGUGCCGCCAUGGCUGGCGAGUGGCGUGGGUGCAAAUGCCAACGGUGCUGGCCUCAAUAUGAGCAUGAGUGUGGGUUUGCUGCCGCAACAGUACAGCGCUGAGUUCAACGAACAAUUUGCGGGACUGUGUUUGGCGCCGGCGCUACGUGGCACCACGCAUUUCCUGCAGGCAUUUCGGUUCCCGCAUGUGCCAGUGCGUCAUUUCGCCGAACAACUGACGCGCAUGGACUCGGAGCUGUUCAAGCGUCUGAUACCGCAUCAGUGCCUGGGUGCAACGUGGGCGCGACGCGACAAAAGUGGCUCUGAAACGGUGGUAGCGACCAUAAAUCAAUUUAAUGCUGUGCUUUUUAGGGUUAUUUCGAGCAUACUGAUUGAGCCAAGACUCAAACCACAGGAGCGUGCUUUAAAUAUAGCAACAUGGAUUGAUAUUGCGCAGGAGUUGCGUCUGCUGAAGAAUUUCAGCUCGCUGAAGGCGAUCAUAUCCGGACUGCAAUCGAAUCCUAUUUACAGACUUUCAAAAAUAUGGGCUGUGCUACCCAAAGAAAAGAUGGAAAUUUUCAAUGAACUUGCCAGAAUAUUUUCGGAGGACAACAAUGCUUGGGCGCAGCGCGAAGUACUCAUGCGUGAGGGCACUGCGAAAUUCGCCGAUACGGUUGGUGAGCACGAUCGCCAUCUGCAGAAGAUCAUACAGAAACAAAGCACGCAGACGUCGCAUGGCACCAUACCGUACCUGGGUACCUUCCUCACUGACUUGACAAUGAUACACGCCGCCAUACCGGACACGUUAGGCGAACACCAGCUCAUCAAUUUCGACAAGAAACGCAAAGAGUUCGAAGUGCUGGCGCAAAUCAAAUUGCUACAGGGUGCCGCCAAUACAUACAACCUGCGCGAAGACACCAACUUCGAUCGUUGGUUUGCCUCGGUGCUGGUGCUGGAUGAGCGUGAGGCGCAUGCACUCUCCUGCCAACUCGAGUCGCCACCGCCGGCACCACGCAAAUCGACUGCAUCGACGAACACCUCGCUAACGAAUACGACGAUCUCCACGAACUCGAUGGGCGGCAAUGGACACCGCAAGACCGAUUCGAUAGCGUCGAACUCGAGCAGCGGUGCCGGUUCGCAAUUCUACUGUGAACUGAAUAACAGCUAUAGCUCACAUUAUAGUUCGCGGCAUAACUCGCUCGAUCGUGAUGCACAGGCGCCGAACGCAUCGAUCUUGUCGGCCUCCAGCAGCGUCUCGAAUCUAUCCAUGGACUCGAGCAACUCGGGCGGCCAGAAAUCCAAUACGAAAAUGUCACACUCACACUCCACAAACGGUGUACGCGGCAGCGCUGGCAGUGGACACAACAGCACACAGCUGAAUGUCGGCUCGCCCAUCAUCAAUGCGCAGCUGGUGCAAACGCCGGGCACGAAGACCAAUAAUGCGCCCGAUUUUUACAUUAUACGCGUCACGUACGAAACGGAGAAUGUCGAGUUGGACGGCAUUGUGCUGUACAAGAGCAUAAUGUUGGGCAACAACGAGCGCACACCGCACGUCAUACGGAAUGCGAUGAUGAAGCUCGGUCUAGAGGCUGAUCCCGACGACUAUACGCUCGCGCAGGUGCUGCCCGACAAAGAGUUGGUGAUGCCACGGAACGCGAACGUCUACUACGCGGUCAAUACGACCUACAAUUUGAAUUUCAUCCUGCGGCCGAAGAAGAAAGAUGGCGCCAGCAACGGUAGCUAGUGCAUAGGGUCCACAACGGUGCAAUUGGAGUUCGGUACGUUGCUCGUGCUGCUUUAGGUGCUUUAGGCAGGCGGCGUGGACGCGUGGUAACUUAUGCUUCAUAACUACAACUACAACAAAGGAUUUGUAACUACAUUUACAUGUAAAAAAUACAUAUAUUUCAUACUCACAAAGAUAAUUAUCCAUUUUGGAAGCGUUUUAUAAUUUAUGUAAUCUCAAAUGAUGGACAAAUAAUUAGUGUACAUAAUUGUUGUAUUUUAGCUUAAUUUUUAAUUCUAUGUAUACGUAUGUAUUUUUUGUAAACAUAUUAUACUAUGUAUGUAUGUAUAUAUGUGUAAGUUUAUAAUUAAUUUAAUUAGUUUAUUUAAUUUUUAUAUAUGUAUUUUUUUGUAAUAUUCGAAAUUUGGCUUAUAUAUUUUUAUACACUUGUGAAGAGCUUAAAUGUUUAUUUAUUUCGUAUGUUCAAUGCAUAAGUUUUGUUGCUUUAAUAAUGCUUUAAAGAAAGAAAAAACAAAGAACUAAAAAGUAUGUGUAAAGAGAAAAUGUGAAGAUAAAUGCGCGUAUAAAACAAUAACUGUAUUUAAUUAAGACUUAAAUGUAAAACGUUUAUUUAAAGUGAGUUCGGCAUGAAGGACGCGGUUUUAUGGAACCCUCUGAAGCAAUGUUUUAUUUAAAAAUAGUUUAAAAGGGUUCAAAUAAAUUUUUUAUAAACAAAAAUGUU